AUGGAGGGACUGAUUGCGUCUAAGUGGUCGAAACUUAUCAAAAUUAGGGCUUUUAAGUUCCGUUCCCUUUUUGUUUAUCGGGAUAAUAGAAGAAGGAACGGCAGUAUAAACGAAGGCAACGUGAGGUGUGAAGGCGAAAAGCGAUCGGACAACGAAGGAAAAUGGGAUACGGGAGCAGCGAAAUCAGAUGGCGAGAAGGAAGCUCGCAGGCGCGCGGCUGCUACUCCGGACGUCUUGGCCAAUCACGAAGAGGGAGACGGCUCCGGUGCUUGGCCGGUGAUUGCAGACUCAUCGCAUCCGAGUGGCAUGCUCCGGUGGUCGUCUAGACCGAAGAACAGGAACGGUCCAUGGUUGUCGCGAGCAGCAGCAGUGACGAGGUGA